GCAUGUCCACCCUGCUGGUGCCUCGCCCCUCGCCCAUCGGCCGCUCGCCCACCUCCACCGCCCACCUGCUGCCCACCACCCUCACCCUGCCGCCCUCGCCACACCUCUCCCCAACCUCUGCCCUCCUCUCCCCCUCUCACUCCGUCCUCCUCUCCCCAUCUAACUCCGCCCACAACAUCGCCGCCUCCACGCCCCUGCACUCUCCCGGAGGACUGGCCUCCCCCCAACUCCCCCGCCUCCUCCCACGUGUCGCCAGUGUCACAGCGACAGAGCUCCCCCUUCCUCUCCCCAGGCUCCCCCUACUCCCCCCACUCCCUGCCCUCCCCCAGACUCCGCUCCCCCGCCCUCUCCCCCAUUGCGCCGCCCCGCUACCACCCCGGGGAGGACGUCCCGCCGCUGUCCGCCUUGCCGGCCUCCCUGCAGGCGGGCGGCGAGGAGCUGCGUUCCUCCCGCUCCAGCUCGGUCACGCCCACGCGCUACCGCCGCUUCGACUCGCCCGUGUACAUCGUGGUGGACAUCCCAGUGGUGCACCGAGCCGUGCUGCUCUGCGUCGAGGAGUGGCUGGAGAGCGGCGGAGUGGAGGUGGAGGGGAACCCAGUGGUGGCGCGGGAGCUUGGGGAGUUCCUGGCGAGAGUGGCCCAGUGUGGCGCGCCCUACCAGCAGUGGUGCGAGGAGCUGCGUCACCACUGGAACAUCAGCGACCUGGACGGCAGCGAGGACGAAGAGGACAGUGUGGAACAGAUCAACAAGGACUACUGUGCGUUGCAGCAGCUGGUGGUCAGCGGCGAGGUGGCGUGCAGCAAGGAGGAGGCCGCGUCCCUUGCCUGCAUACAGCUGCGAAUAGAAGAGACCUGGGCACCUCCCCAAUCCUCAGACCCACCUACCUCCGCCCACACCCACCACACCCCCGACCCCACGCCUAUCACCACCCACCCCCUCCUCAGGUCCACCUCCCCGCCACCACCACCUCAUCCUCCACCACCACUACCACCACCACCACCAACCUCAAUACCUUUAAUUUCAAUGUAGCUAAUAGUGACACCUGUAGCUCACACCUGUCUGCUCACACUACCACCUCCACCACCCAUGCGUCCUACCCACACCUCCCCUGCCCCAGCCCUCAGCCCCACUCCCUGGUGCCCACGCCCACGGCUAACCACGGGGGACUGUACCCUCCCCCACACUCACACCAAAAUGGAAAGGUGCCGGGACGCAGGAAGCCACACACCUGCCGCUGCGCCGCCCCUCACCAGCCGCUGUGGUGCUUGGGGCGCGCCACCUGGCAGGCCGCACAGGUGUUGGCAGGUGUGUCCAAGGUGUAUCUGGACAGAGCCGCGUGUAUCCUGGCACACCUCAAGCAGCGCGUCAAGCAGGAGACCGUUCAACUCUCCGUGCCCUCCGUGCCCUUGGAGACCGUGCCGAGACGUCCCUCCUUCCAGCCCUACGAUGAGGACACCCCGAGGAGAGCGCAUCCCAUCCCCAUCUCAGACAGCUUCCUCGGGGGGCCUGGUGAUCUCUUCCGGGGAUGCUACGGCGCGGUGGACCCCCAUAAGAAAGGUGGUCAACCCGCGGCGGCUCUUCAGCGAUGCCUCCCGCCGCCUUACUGGAGGGCGAAGAACAUGGCCAGGCUCAUCAAGGAGCAGAAGAGGAAGCUGUUCCACACACCCCUGUACGACUCAGAAGUGGCGUUAAUGAAGCUGUACAUCCAGACGGUAAGGAGAUUGCCAGCUUUCGCGUGUCACCUCCACCACGUCAAGGAACUUCUGCGGGGCAAGACUAAGAAGAAGGCUUCUCGUCUCCUGGGCAUCGGCACCACCAACAUCGUUCUCUUGGACACGAAGACUAAGAUUCUGGCCAAGGCGCAACACACACACGACCUUCUGCAGUGGCGAACAGGCGGCGGACGCUCCCAUGACCGCCUUGUGCUUGAGUUCCGGGGCACCAAGUGGACUUUCAGUGUGACGUCCCAUGACAGCCUCAGCCACCUCGGCCGCGCCCUCUGGUCCAUCCUGCAGAGUGAGGAUCCCCUGCCCUACAUCGCCUCCACCUCCCACCACCACCACCACCACCACCACAGGAUAGCAGGAGAGCUCACGGGGCGCCCUGGGUCUGGCCUCGACAUGCUGUACUCUGAGGAACUGGAGGGCCUGCAGAAACUCCUCCACUUCCCUGAGGAGGUGGCGCUCAAGCUGACGGAGGUGGAGUAUGACUUGUACUACCGCGUGCCGCCCAUCGCCUACAUCCGCCACGUGACGAGUGACCUCCGUCCGCCCCGCCACGCCCAGCCCCCGAGCUACACGCAGACGGUCGCCCACCUGACCAAACGCUUCAAGGAGGUCUCCUCCUGGAUAACGCACGUGAUAGUCUCACAGCCUACCCAUGAGGACAGGAAGGCCGUGCUGUCCUGCAUCCUGCGCGUGGCCCUCUCCUGCUGGAACAUGGCCAACUUCAACGGGGCCAUGGAGAUCAUCACAGGACUCAAGUCGGAGAAGCUGAAACCAUUUUGGUUGAGUCUGGAGAAUGAACAGCUGCCGGUGCUAGACUUCCUGACGGCGGCACUGCUGGGGGAAGGGCGCACCCACUAUGAGGCCGCCCUGGACCGCGCCCUCAUGAUGCCUGAGACCAGAGUUGUGCCCUUCUUUGGGUCCUUCCUGCGAGAUCUCACCAGGAUCCUUCAGGGGACUCCCUCCCUUGUGGUGCUGGCUGAGGAUGGGCAGGAGGUGGAGUUCAUCUCCGACUACUGCGGUGAGGACGGCUUCUUCACACGGAUCGGCCCAGGUGGACUCAUCAAUAUGGCCAAGAUCUAUGAGGCCCAGCAGGUGGUGGAGCGACUGGCCACCUUCCACCAGCACUAUGUGGCACGCUCCAACCACCUUGCCCACUCCAUGAUCAAGGACUCCCUCAGUGGUGGAGGGGACGUGUGUGGGUCUGGCGGCAGUGUGGUGAGCAGUGGUGGCUAUGGCGGCGGUGCUGGUGGUACUGGGGGCAUGGAUGGUGAUGGCGACGGAGAGCUGGAGGACUACCACCCAGUGCAGCCACUCACCCACGACCAUGGCGUCACUCUCAUACCCCUGCCCAGGUCCACAGUGGGGCUUGACCUUCACACUCUGCAGAUCCUGCACCACGGCACCACGGUGGUCAACUGGGACCCGGAGAGUGGCCGCAGCUGCUUGGUGUACCUACGUCUGGAGAGGAGCAAUGGGACCCUCACCUGGUGCCGCCCGCCCUGGUCAGCACUGAGGGCGGGCCACUCCUCCUCCCAGCCUGACUAUGUGCUCAGUGCCAACCCUGAGGAUAUGGUGUCACCAGGCCUGCUGCAUAUGUACUCCGAGGCACCUGACGUGAGUGGUGGUGUCCCUGAGGAGGGCUUCAUCCAGGUGUCCUGCCUGAAGGAGGUGGAGCCAGGGGUGCGGGAUGCAAACUUUGGCACAGUUGCCCGCAGAUACCUUCUGGAGGCAUCUCAGCCCCAGGAGCACUGUGUCACCCUUAUCUAUGGCCCCAACCUGGCUGACAACAGGAUCAUGGUACUGGUGGCGCCGCCCUCUGUGGCCAGGCUGUGGUGUCAGGGACUGCAGGUGUUGGUUCGGGCACAGCGUCGCCUGGCCAGCGUGAGUGACAAGCGGCUCACGUGGCUGAAGGAACAGUACCUCAAGCUGUACUUUGAGUAUGAGACAUGCAGCGGCCCCAAGCCAGCUGAGGCCAUCAAGAUCUUUGGCGGCAGGAACUGGGGAACCUCCACAACAGGAAGCAUGUCCCCGCAGGAUCCCAUCACCAAACGGGGAUCAGGGAGCACCAAGCUGAAGAAACUCAAGUCCCAAGCCACUAUCACUGUGUCCAAGGAUGGAACUAAAUGUAUGGAGGAGAUGAGAGUGGUGCCUUCCCCUGCCCUCUCCAAUACCAGUCGUCGCACAGUCCUCCCCACGCCCGCCCACUCCACUCAUCCCUCCCCGCCACGCUCCCGCUCCUGUGACGCUGCCUCCGAGCAUCUCAUCGCCUCCCACGCCACGCCACACCUCCCCUCGCCUGCUGUGCCCAGACCCUCCUAUGAUCCUGCCACGGGUCUUCCCUCUCCCCUGCAGCAGGCUAUUGGGUACAGGGAGCGCAGCAGGUCCAGUGGGGCGGGCAAUGGUGGGGAGUUCAUGCCGGUGGCGCCACGGGGCUUCCGGGGCGAGAGCAUCACACAGGCAGCGGAGCUGGACUUCACGGACUUUGUGGUGCUGUACAAGUCAUUUAGUCUACGUGCAAGGAAUGAUCUUCGGGAACUCUUCAAGACUCUCGCUGUCACGCGUAAGAGUUUGUCUGACAGUUCCCUGGAUGACCCUGGCCUCAGCCCCUCUUCACCCCCAACCAGCCCUGCCCAAAGGGCCCCACCUUUAGCUAAGCCUUCCUUGGGCUUGCUGACGCGGAACACCUCCCUUGACCUCCUUGUCUUCAGGAACAACUGCCACAAGAAGAAGAUUUUUGAUGCUGUUGCUGCUGCCAGCAUUGUCACCAACUGUGCAGGCCUGGACAGCUCCAAGAGUCAGGUGGUGACACUGGCAGAGCUGAGGCGGUUCCUUGAGGAGCAGCAGGGAGAGCCUCGCAGCCUGGAGGAGGUGCGCAGCCUUCUCUAUAGACACGAACCUGAUCCAGCACUCAGGACACAGGAUCUUAUGUCAUUUGAGGGCUUUGCAAGAUUCAUGAUGGACGAGGACAACUAUGCCUUCCCAAAUGAGAAAAUGAUACCUGAUGAGGAUGAAAUGAACAUGCCUCUCUCCAACUACUACAUUGCUUCCUCCCACAACACCUACCUGACGGGACAUCAGCUGAAGGGCGAGUCCUCUGUGGAGCUGUACAGCCAGGUGCUACUGACAGGGUGCCGCUGUGUCGAGCUGGACUGCUGGGAUGGUGAUGAUGGCUCCCCGAUGAUCUACCAUGGCCAUACCUUCACCACCAAAAUUCCCUUCAGGAGUGUAGUGGAGACCAUCAAUCGCAGUGCCUUUGUCACCUCGCCGUACCCCAUCAUCCUGUCCAUCGAGAACCACUGUUCCCUUCCACAGCAGUCUAGGAUGGCCAACAUAUUCAUGCAGGUGUUUGGCGAGAAGCUGGUCACUAAGUUUCUCUUUGAGGCAGACUUCUCUGAGGAUGUACACUUGCCCAGCCCCUCACAACUCAAGUACCGCAUCCUGAUCAAGAACAAGAAGCUGGUGGCAGAUGUGGGACGUGACGGUCUCUCAUCCAAGGGCACUUCAAACCGAUCCCCGGGCCGAACCAACUCACUGGUCAGCAACACAUCCACCGGCUCCUUGAAUGACCCAGAGUCUGAUGAUGAGGAUGAAGAUGAUGACUAUGAUGAUGAGGAACACAACCCCUUUGAACUGGCCCACGACACUCUGUUUGAGGACGACAAGCACUGCUCCUCGCUCAUCAAGAGUGUGUCCAUGGGCACAAGGACCGAGUCACUGUCGAGUGCUGAGGGCAGCCGCUUUCGUCCAAAAUCCCAGAGUGACGACCACCUGGAAGGGGAAGAGUUGCCGCCUCCAAAAUAUAAGAAACAAAGCAGCCAGAUUGCCAAGGAACUCUCGGACCUCGUUAACUACUGUCAGGCUGUCAAGUUCCAUGGCUUCAACCUUUCCAGCCCCAGAGAGUCAGUCAAGGGUAAAAAGAUGGGUGGCCGCAAGAGCACUGUGCAGCCACCCAUCAUCACCAACACCCCCAUACUGGUGCACUCCCAGGUGGCUUCAGACCCCAGCCGUCUGGAGCCCAUCCUGCAGCCACCCAUCCUGAAGCGUGCCAUGGGCGUGCACCCGUGCUACCAGUGCUCCUCGCUCAAUGAAAAUUCAGCCAAGAGGCUGUGUCGUCGUCAACCGCUGGACGCCCUGCAGCACACUGAGACACAGUUGAUGCGCACCUACCCUGCUGCCAUGCGCAUUGACUCCUCCAACUUCAACCCACUGUACUUCUGGGCCUUUGGGAUACAGAUGGCAGCACUCAACUAUCAGACAGAUGACACCUACCUCCACCUCAACUCAGCCAUGUUUGAGCAGAACGGCCGCUGUGGGUAUGUGCUCAAGCCCAGGGUGAUGUGGGACUACAACCACAUGAUGUACCGACGCUUCAAUCCUUUUGACAAGGAGUUUGAUGGCCUGCACGUCCUGAACCUGCGGGUGUCCGUCAUCUCAGGCCAGUACGUGUGUCAAGACAACUUCCAGGGCAGUCCUCAGGUGGAGGUGGAGAUCCUGGGCAUCCCAGUAGACUGCCUCAAGUUCAAGACAAAGGUGGUGCAACGCAACUCCUUCAAUCCCAUCUGGAAUGACACUUUCAACAUCCAUGUCAUGUUCAAGGAUCUGGCCUUCUUGCGACUCACAGUCACAGACACCAGCACGGGCCACACCACAGCACUCCGCAUUCUGCCGCUGCGGUGCCUCCGCCGUGGUUACCGUCACGUACGUUUACGUAACUUGCAGAACCAGCCACUGCCAGUGUCCACUCUGUUCAUUUACACACUCAUGGAAGAGGAGGAAUACGAGAUACAGCAAUUGUCACCUGGCCAUGAUCCCACCACACAGGACUCCGCACUAAAGGAGGCCCAUGUGGAGCACCAGGAUGUGACGCCAACUGUGGCACUUAAGCGACGGAAAUUUUUCGUAAAGAUUCACGGAGUGGUGCCUGACGAGCCAUACACAGUAAUCAGCGCCACACAAGAAUGUACAGCAAGGGACGUCAUCAACAAAGCUAUGGUCAAAAUAGGCAAGGGUGCACGCAUCGAGGACUACAUCCUUAUUGAAGAGGUGGCCAAAGGGUGGCAGCGCAAGGGUGACAAUCCAACAACACAGCGCAUUCUUGACAUGAAUGAGCGGCCGCUGGAGGCGCAGGCGCACUGGCAGGGCGACGGCAAGUUUGUGCUAAAGAAGACCUCAGAUGACCCGAGCACCCGUGCAUGGCUCACCACCAUCAUGAAGAAAAAGCGUGGUGCAACAGAGGGUGAGGUAACAGAGGAAGCUAAAGGUUGGGAGGAGGAGGACACUUUCCUAGUGUGUGUGUACAAUGUAGCCUCACAGAUUCCCUAUACAAUCCUAAAGGCACCUACCUCCAGCACAGCACAGGACAUCCUAGCACAGGCGCUGGUCAAGGCACGCCGCAUGGAAGACCCUACCCGCUUUGUGUUAGUGGAAGAACUGGAAUAUGGCCAGCUGACAGAGAUGGCAGGCAGCUCAGCCAAGAAACGUUGUCCACGAGUGGAACGGCGCGUGCUUCCUGACAAUCAGAACAUCUACAAGGUGCAGGCUGGAUGGCAGACAUUAGGCAAGCUGGUGCUGCGGGAGCGAGGCGCCCCGCUGGACGGUACUCUCAGCCGCGCAUCAGCUGCUGCAUCGGCCCUCUCCUCCACUCUUUCCACAGCCAUCAGCCGCGUCAGUCGCUCGCGGCUUCAUGAGCGGCGGCCAGUCAAGGAGACUUACAGUGACCCAAGCGCCUUGGCAGCUGGUCACGAUGCUUACCAGGACCACCGCCGCUUCAAGAGCAUGCACGAAACGUGGCGUGGUACAGGAGGCACCAGUGGAGCACACUCGGAAGGAGAAAUCCUCUCAGAUGACGAUCAUCCAGCCGCUGACUUCCGUGCCGCUGUCCACAAGCUGAAGAAAGUCUCGCUCAAAAAAUUCCAGCGAGUAUGGAGAUAAUGGGUACCCGGGGGGGUGGGGACCGGGGGACACUCCACGGAGGCCGCCUCGCACACUCUGCCCCGGACUCUGUCAGGUGAAAAACUAUUUUGCCGAUGAGAUUUGAGUCCUACAAAAGGAAUUUGAGAAUGGUGACGUCAGUACUGGUACUUGGCGUGCCCCGAAAAGCAUGCCCCACCCAGCCCCGCUCCACCCGGGCCCGGAGCCGGCAGCGCGGCGGCUGGGACAACCGCAAAACCAAAGACCUACACACAGACCACUUCCUCCUCAGGCUGCCCUGCCACGUCAGGCAGUGGCCGUAUUAGGAAGAGACAAUACAGUAAGUUUUCUUGGACACCCAUGUGAUGCAGACUCUUUCAUUAGAGGCUCUAGGACCAAGGGAUUUUUUAGCUGUUUAUGCAGCGAGUGAGUGGGAGAAUGGCAGACGCGUGGCGGCAGGAACAGACGUGUCCUGCCCGUGGAGCACUUGUGAUCGUAACUGUAGAUAGUCCUGACAGUGAGAAUAAGCCAUCCAAGUGUUUUGUAGUGAGCAGCAGCAGUAGCAGUGCAUGGCAGCAGCGACGCCAAUGGGAUGAGAAAGGCGGCGCUGCGGCUACAGGGCAUGCAAGAGCUGUGAGUGUGUGGACAAGUGACGGGCGGCGGGCAGGCGACACGUGCUGCUCGGAGGCUUGCUGGGGAUGGAUUCAAACUUCAAAGAUUCUCGUGUAAAUACUGUGUACAAAUAUGGUCUGGUCCUGUACAUUACCCCGCUCCCCCUUAAAGGAAAUAUUUUGCAUAAAUACCUCCUCCCUUGUCAGUUUUCGCCGCGUUGGUGUUGUAUCGACCGUUCAGUGUUUUUGUCGUCUUGGUGUUGGCUGAGUUGUUUUGUAGGCGAGCGUGAGCAUAUCUCCUUUAUUAUUAUUAUUAUUAUUAUUAUUAUUAUUAUUAUUAUUAUUAUUAUUAUUAUUAUUGUUCGCGUCGUUCUUGAUAACAUGCAUAUCAAGUUAACGGUAAGGAGAGAAGAGGACGUUAAGACAACUUUUGUAACAGCCUCCUGCGUGAGUGUUGUGUUCUCGUCUAUUUAUUUAUUUAUUUAUUGGUGUGUUUUAUUGAUGAACCAACUUAACUGAGAUUCCAAAGAGCUCGAUCAAGACUCCGACACGUGGUCAGUGAUGCAUUUAUUCGUGGCAUUCACCAAGGCAUUAAGGGGCCGCCCCGGCUGCCCCCAAACCAUGCAUGCUUUCCUCCCGAGAGAGAUUUCUAUAUAAAUAUAUAUAUUUACAUGUCUAGAGGUUUUAAAAAAUAAGAAGCAAAACAAAGAGAGAGAGAAUGCAUUAUUGCCAUACUUAAAACGGGUUCCAUAAUAUAUUUUUUAGUCAUUUACAAAGGGUGACAGGGUGAAGAUUUGCCGCUGAUCAAAAUCUUUUUAAUGUAUUUGUGACUUCCAGAUUGUUAUAAGCAUAUUUUUUAUUUUUGUUAAGACACUUAGGAUACGCAUGUCUUGAUGCUUUAUAAAAAGAGAAGUUAUAUUCGUCAUUACUAAUAUAUAUAUAAAGAUAAAUAAAUAAAUAAAUAACUGAAAGUGAGUCAAAGCUCAAAGUAGACUAGAGAUCCAGUUUUUAUGGCGGGGAAAAAGCAAAAAAAUACAAAAUGGAGAUAAUUUAUUAAUCUACUUACGUCGUCUUCAAAUGAGUACUUUUCCCCAAUACUUUGCACAAAUCUUUUUAGAGUUACGUAAACCUCUUCCAUAAUGAUAUUUUUCUAAAUUUCAUAAUAUAUAUACGUAUAUAUAAACGUAGACGUCUAGCGAGUAGUGAGAGGCGUUUCGGAAGGAUAAGAAUGUUACCACUUAUCUAUUGUCAAAAGAAAAUAACUUCCGUACUUUUUUUUUUCGUUAGGUCUCAAGAAAAAAACAUUUUUGUUUUCCCUAUUUUAUCUUCCUUUGCAUGUUCAUCCAUUUUCUUUUUCCCCCUCUCUUCUUAUAAUGUGUUGGGAUAUAUUCUUUUUUUUCUCUGGGUGAGGCUUUUUCUUAUAAUCCAUCACCAUCUGUUCUCUAAUCCGACUCGCCCCGAACGCUAUAAGAUAAUAAUGACAAACUGAAGUCCACUCAUGAUAACUUCGUCCAUUCUCUCAUAGCUGUUCCUCCGUCUAUGAUUCAGUUAUUUUUUCACUUAAUAAUGCUGUUACUAUUACUUCAUUUUUUCCUAUAUCAUUCUUGUCAUUCUUUACGUGUCAUGUUCGUUAAUUAAUCUUGUUUCGAUGUGCAUUACGAAAACAAAUCUGUGUACGUUCCUUUUAUUUAUUUUUUUCUAUUUUUAUUAUUAUUAUUAUUUAUUUUUUUUUUUUUAUAUGUGUGAAGGGGAAUAAGUGAUAUUUCUUUGUUUCUCUCUUCCCGAGUCACUCGCCUCAGUAAGUAACAAUAAUGACGAUAAUAAUGUUGAUUAAUAAAGAAAUGGAUAUGUAUAAACAAGAGUGGAGUGGAAAAAAUAUAUAUAUAACACUAUGCUAUAAGAAAAGAUAAUAAUUUCUUCUGUGUCUUAAUCAAGCGGAAGUCACGUUCAGCUUCUUCCUCAUCUUCGUGGAAAAUAAUCUCUUCAAACUAAGAAUCACAGUUUCGCGGGGAAAAACAAAAAAGGAUCAAAUGAAUACCUAUACAGACCAAUCAACACAGCGCUCGGCCUCCCCCCCACGACAGCCACCUCGCCCUUCAGCCCUCCAUCACGCAAAUUCAAAUAGUGGAUGUCCGAUAAAGAUCCCACGCCAGUUCCGCAAAUAUGUCACUACUAAUAAAUUGAAGUGCGACAAUCUGCGUUAUCAUGUUGAGCAUUGUAAUUAUAUGGGGAAAGUUUUUAUUUUUUAUUAUUCUGUAAUGUUUUCUGAUACUAGAUUCGAGUGGGGGCAAUCUUUAUUACGUGGUUUUCCUUGAUUUUAAAAGUAGCCAUAUCUCAUCAUUCGAAUUGUUGACGAUUUCUCAUAAAUUCCCUCGUUCAAGUGGGACAGGCUUUAUUACAUAUUUUUUUCUUGAUUUCAACUGCAGCCAUGUCUCAUUAUCAGAAUCAUGGGUUAUUUUUCGUAAUAUCUAUCGAGUAUUCUUGGCGAGGGCGGCGUGGAGCCUGGCGUGAGGCGUUCUGGCUGAUCUUGCUCAACGCACCGCUUUUUGUAGCCCGAUCCCUUCACCUCACACACAUCCUCGUUUCCUACCACCUCAUCCUUUUGCUUUUAUACCUGUGAACACUUUUUUGCCGAUGAUGUAGUGAGUUCCACGGCUACACAGAGAGGUAAACAAUGGUUUUCAUAUCAAGAUUGGACUGUAGGGAUGUGUUGGAUGCAAUAUUAAAAGUCAGCGUUUGUUUACGUCUGACACGAGCACGUGGUUCCCUGCGCCGUGAUUUGUCAUACCACUGCGAUCUACAGGGCACUAGUGUUUGUAGUCUUCAAGUGCGAACUGUGGGACUGCUAUAAGCUCCUACAAAGGCGCCGGAGCAAGUGUAAGAUAAGUAAGGAAUAAAAAUGUUGGAUUUUCUAAUAUACGCUACAGCAGUCACGUGUGUAAGGUAAAACUGUUCACUUUCACUUACGCUUCCAUCUUCUCUCUUCACUCCAUUCCAAUGCAUGGAAACAAACAGGGAAUCAUAAAGAAUGAUGGGCUGCGGUCUGUAUACUUGAACAUGUGGGCGUCUUGACGAUUCUAACAGGCUGUAUUGGAAGUUAGUAUGGUUUUCAAGAAUAAAUUUAAUUAUUUUGGUGGUUUAGCAAGGACUAAUGGGUGAAAAGAGGAAACUAAAAUUUGACUGUCUCUCUGGUCCUUGGAAAUAAUCGUAAUGAGAGUCCAAAGUGUUUUAAGUAUACGAGGCUACAUCCUAAUAGAAUCAGUUCGAGCAAGGAAAAGUUUAAUUUCUCUUGCGAAAGAUGCUAAUGUGAAAGGACUGCCCCCUGUAGGCCUUUUGGCUUCUUGCACCCUUCGUUAUGUUCAUAUGCAAAGGCCUUGCGAAGAAAUCGUCUCUGGUAAUGUUAAGAUCAUCAUUUAUUUAUGUAUUUUCAAGGUGGGUGACUUGAGCUGGGCCUGUAACGAGUGAGCGUUGGUAUUUGUAUGCAUGUAGUACUUAUUCUGUGUGUUUUUGCUCCACGAGAACUGAAUGGUGAUUGUAGCUUGUAAGAUAUGAAAAUUCUCUCUCUCUCUCUCUCUCUCUCUCUCUCUCUCUCUCUCUCUCUCUCUCUCUCUCUCUCUCUCUCGUACAGUGCCUGCGGGGCCAGUGUCAUCUUGGAGAAGUGGAUAGUGUUAUUUUUCAUCGUGUUAUGUCCUUUCCACUAUCAUCAUCAUCAUCAUCAUCAUCAUCAUCAUCAACCAUAUUAUUAUUAUUAUUAUUAUUAUUAUUAUUAUUAUUAUUAUUAUUAUUAUUAUUAUUAUUAUUAUCAACUUCAUCAUCAAUCCAUUUCUGUAUUUUGUCGAAUUAAAAGCGUCCGUCGUGUUGUCCCUUUAGGAAUAAAAAAAUAAAUAAAUAAAUUCUUUGUCGUAGGUAAUAAUAAAAAUAAGUCGCCUUGUCUUUCCAUAACUUAAUACAUAAUUUCCACUGUAACGAUUUUUCCUCCACUCUUGUUUAUUUUUUAUACCCUUUACCAAGACAGCAAAAAAAGACGUACACAAUACUAACAGACAGCCGUACGUAAGACUGUUGUUAGCAUGUUCCCAACCACCCAGCAUUCACCACAAACCUUCAACACACACACACACACACACACACACACACCUAUAUACUGGGUCACACUCCAACUUGUAAAUUUUGUACGUAUUUGUAAAUAGACUUCUGAAACAUCCCAGUGAGAGUAUGAUAAACAAAAGUACGAUAAUAGCCAUGUGUAAACAAACUCCCCCAUCCCCAACUACCACCACCACCACCACUACCCUCCCUUUAGGAACCGAACGUUUCUUGGUCGUAGUCGUCGCGUGUGUAACGUUUUCGUCCUUGCGUUUUGCUGCUCCUUUCGUUCUCCCCUUUUGGUGCAUUCGUUAUUCGUGUGGAACAUUAGUAAUAACGAUUAAUGAACAAAGCCUUUUAAAUAGUUGCAGUUUCUAUUUCAAGAUAUUUAUAUGGAUGUGACUUCUUUCAUCCCUCCCCCUUUCCUUCUCCAUUUUUCUUUUCUCGUCCCUCCCCCUCGUCCCCCCAUCCCCAAAGAAUAUAUAGACUAUACAAGCGACUGAUGUCAGUUGCUUAUAAUGUUUUCUUUUGAGAAAUUAUAUUCAGUCUUCUAAAAAAAGAUUAUCUAAUAUCCAAAUACUACUUUGUUGUUGUUAUCUGUUGUGCCACAUCACUCUAAAAAGUUUAUAAUAAAUAUACAUAUAACUAAUAAUGAAAUAAUAAUAUAUUACCCGAGUAAAUGUUUUCUACUUUUGAUAUCAAAGUUGGGUUUACAUAAUGCUGGUCAACAUUUCAUUAUAAUUUAUUAUUAUUAUUAUUAUUGUUAUUAUCAUUAUUAUUAUUAUUAUUAUUAUUAUUAUUAUUAUUAUUAUUAUUAUUAUUAUUAUAGUAAAAUUAUAAUCAGUCUGUUGGUUGUAUGUUGUAGAUCACUUUACAUAGAAAUAAAAACUAUUAUCUUGAGGUA